AUGAAUUGUCAUACUACAACAACCACUACACUGCUCCCAACAACAACAACAAUACCACAUACAACAGAAAGACCAACCACCACCCCAAAAUAUCCAAUUGAGAAAAACUGUCACCAUGAACAUCCUCCAAGACAGAACGGUGACAGCUGGAAACAUAACCAGUGCACCAACGGAACAUGCGCCAACGGGAAAGUUAUUUAUGAGCAUGUACAUUGUGAGACUCCGAAGCCAAUAGCAUGUGAAAAUAACUAUCCUCCGAUCAAAGUGUAUGACGAAUCUGGAUGCUGUUUCCACUAUGAGUGUCAAUGUAUCUGCUAUGGUUGGGGAGACCCUCACUAUGUCACCUUUGAUGGAACAUACUAUGGCUUCCAAGGAAAUUGUUCUUACGUCUUGGUCAAAGAAAUCCUGCCAAAGUACAACUUCAGUGUUGUAAUCGACAAUUACUAUUGUGAUGCCACAGAUGGACUUUCCUGUCCUCAGUCUCUGACCAUUUAUUAUCAAUCUUACAAGAUAUUCAUGACCAAGAAGAAGGUUGAUGGAGUUUUCACAAGUCUGAUUUAUGUAAACCAGCAACGCAUCAUCCCGGCAUAUGAGAACAAGGACUUCCGCAUCACAGACAAUGGAAUUGAGACCCUUUUAGUCAUACUAGCAAUUAAUGCCAAGGUGUCUUUCACUGGUCUUAUGUUUAGCAUAUACCUGCCCUGGGACAAGUUCAGUGGCAACACUGAGGGACAAUGUGGUACAUGUGACAACAACCAGACAGAUGACUGCUGCUUGCCAAAUGGAACUAUCGAUUCAUCUUGUCCAGACAUGGCACACCAACGGCAUGUUGCCAGUGCACACCACCACAACCAGAGCCAGUGCACACCACCACCACCAGAGCCGACACCAACAGGCUGCGAUCCACCCAUUUGUCAUCUCAUUCAAAGCAAGUACGUAGCAAUUAGUAUUCACAAUACAUCUCCUCUGUAG